AUGGUAUACCAUGUCUAUGUAGACAUAAGUAAGACAACAGGAAGGCACAAAAAAACCACGUACUAUGACCAUCAAAACUGUGCUAUAACUCUAAUAAAGGAAGAUGACCCAAAGAGGGUUACUACCUACAACCAGCUGACUGGUUACAAAUUAUACACCCACAGAUUGCCACCUGAUACUUGGUAUGGAAUUUAUUACGAUCUUGGAGUAAUAAAUCACAAAAAUGCUAAACAAGAAGGAUUAGGUGAUCACAAAGAGUAUUGGAAUAGUAAACAUGUUUCCGUUUAUUACUGGAAAAAUGAUGAAGACAAUCUCAUUCCCCUUCUCAUCGGGAUUAAUUUAAACGGAAGGAAUGAGACACACUUCCGUAAAAAGAGUCUAAAUAAUGAAUGGUGGGAAAAAUAUAAUGAAUCACCAUAUUCCCAUGAUUUUAGUUUUACAAAAAUAUUCGAUGGCACCUUCAAGAAAAUUGUAAUACUUAACAUUGGGGCCGAAUUUGGGACAAGUUACUGCAGUCAUCCGUCAAAAGAAGACUUUAAGAAACCUUACAUAUCUAGUCCUAGUCAUGCGAAUUGUGAAUAUAUCACAAUAUCUGUGAGUUUGAAGAAUAAAACACCAUGUCAAGGAUACACCGCAUUUAUACACAAAUCUCUUGGUGGUUCAAUGCAUAUUCUAUCAACAUGGCAUAGAAAUAAAUUUCUUCCAUUCAAAGACAGUUUGUUUAAAUCGGAAUAUGAUUCUAUGACUGUAUACUAUGCAGAAGGUGAUGAUAAUAUGAAACACCCUCUCCUGGUUGAGCUUAAACAUACUUCCGGACGCUAUGAAUUUUAUGAGCCGAAUGGAAACAGCUGGAAACAGAAAUUUAAAACUUCGACCCAUAAUUAUUACCAACUUGAAAGAAUAGUUUUAGGCAUAUUAGAUAAGUAUGCGUGUAAAGUAUACGAUGCUAUUCCCAUUGAUAUAUCUAAGAGGGAAAGGACCAACUACCGUUGCAAGGAAGUUUGUUCAAGUAACCACAGAAUUAAUGUUUGGAACAAUACUAAGGCUAGCGGUGGGAUUGAAGGUUACGAAGUAUACACUCAUACUCUUCCAAACGGUAUCAGCUCUACAAUCAGUAGGUUCAUGAACGGGAAUAAGAAUAUAACGAUACAUGGUAUUUCCUUUCCGAUUCAGUCUAUUACUCAUGUUGCCGUAUAUUUUCCGAAAUGUGCCAAAAAUGACACACCGAUAUUAAUUCAUAUCACUCAUGGAAGUAAUGAUAGUAAGUGGUAUAAAAGGAAUUCUAAAGAAAACCCUAAUGAAUGGGUAGAAGUUGGGAAUGUCUUAGAGAAUAUCAGACCAGACGAUAUAAACAAAGUACUAAUAGUGAGUGUUCUUGAGGGAAUACUAAAAGGUUUGGAAAUAGAAGGAUGUGAAAAACGUGUGACAACAGGUAAACCUAAUAUUCCCUCGACUGGAGGUGUUUUAAAGAAUAUCUUCAACAAUAGAUGUAGUAUGGAUGUAGGAGACUGUAGCCAAGGUGAAUAUUAUGUUGACAAUUAUUUUAAAAUAACUAAACCUGAUAAAAAAGAAAAGCCUGAUUAUUUAGAUAUAGGGAUAACUGGAAAGCCUGCUGGUACGGAAACAUCAUCCGGUAAUGGAUCCAUCAACGGACAUAAUAAUAUAGAGAUUACCAGCGGUGGAAGUGUUGUAGAUACAGAUACUGUAACAUAUGUAGGGAAUUUGAGGCACUUAGGAGCCGGGACGAUGGAUAUAGUAGAGAAUACCAAGUCAAAUAACCAAAUUAGUUUAACAAUGACAAAUUCGAACGGUGGCAAUGUAUUUCUCCCUAAUAAAGAAAAUUAUACUCCAGACGACAGAAGUCAUGGUAAAGAAAAGGAUAGUAAAGAUAACUCAACAAAUACUGGUGCAGUAGGCUCUAUUUCUGGUGUUACUACUAGUUUAACUGGUGAUGCUGGUGAUACUCAGAGUACGUUUACUAAUGCUCACGGUGAAAGGGCUCUAGUUAUUACUAAGGCUGGUAAAGAAGAAAUGUUUGCUCUUCUAUCUCCACUAGACGGUGAUGCUGUUGGUAAUGGUGUUAGUGAUCGUACCGUUGAUGGAAUUAAAGCUAGUGAAGGAACUGUUGCUCCUCCCCCGCCUUCUGUCACUAUUGACAUUUCUGAAAGGUCUGUCAUCGGAUGGAAUAGUACUUAUUAUGAUUACACUUAUGGUUACAGAAAUAUUGAGGUAACUCCCAAUAGUAGGAGUCCUCAGGGCUUCACUGGAUAUGCUCACACUAUACCUAAUAAAACAAGUGAGUACUUUACCCUUAAGCAGGUGAAUUAUAAGGGUUAUUCUACUGGGAUUAUAAAAGGAUCGUCUAUUCCAAACGUCACCUCUGUUUCAGUUUACUACUGGUCCUUUUUAGAGGGCCCUACUAGGAGGCCUAUUCCUGCAGAGAAGAGAAAUAGACCACUUCUUAUUAAGAUCAUUACUAAGGGAUCUAAAGGAAACCUUGAAGAAGCUUACUAUGAAAAUAUUAGUACUAUGUCUAGUGAGAAUGAAUGGGCAGAGAUUCAAGGUGAAAAACUCAACAAACUUAGGGAAUCCGAUGGACUUGAGAAAAAGCUUAAACUCCUAAAUUGUCGGCUUAACAGUGCAGUGAUAAUAGAUUUAAGUAUGAAACCUACUAUUACCAGUACAGAGAACUAUGAUGCAUGUGACGAUAUUGAUAAGAGGACUCUUGGCACCAACCAUGGUCAUUCAAAGAUAAAGGUAUACAAGGACUCUCCUAUUAGAACUUACAGUGUCUAUAAACAUGUUCUCAAUCAGGGGGGGAAGUUCCACAUACUCUCUUUCAAGAAUGGUGAAACGCCUCUUACUGGAAUUGGAGAUCCACCCAUUAUAGAUGUGGAUGAAGUGAGAGUCUACUUCUGCUCAAAGGAUAGAGAUAAUAAGCCUCUUCUCAUAUACUAUCAUAAGCCUGGAGGAUCACCGGAACAUAACUGGUACAAAAGUGAGAAAACUACCAGUGAUAGUGAUGAGUGGAAAUGGGUAGUUUAUCUACCUUCGUCAAAAACCGAUGAUUAUGAGAAAAUCCUCACUGAACUUAACACCCUCACUAGCACUUGUGCACCUCCCAAGGUGACAAUUGAUAUAUCAAACAAGGGCGAUGGAAUAACCUACCAAAGUCCUGAAAGCACUCCAUCUCCACAAAAUGUAAAGGUUGUCAAAACUCCUGGAGGUAUUCUGGAUGAUCCUCCACCAAACUAUGAGAGAUAUGAUCAUACCGUAACUAUUAGACCUAGAAGUUACUUUACAGUAUCUGGAUUUAUAUAUGAAACAGGAAAGAAGAUUACUGGGAUACUCAAUGGACUUACUCCCAUGGAGAAUGUUACAUCCGUCUCAGUAUAUUAUUGGGGACCCCUUAAGGAUAAAGGUAAUCCACUCCUGAUCAAGAUUAUGAAGUCGAAUGGUAUUGAAGAGUCUGAGUGGUAUGAGAAUAGUAGUAAGGAUGGACAGAACAGAGACUGGAAAAGGGUUGAUAAUUCACAGGAGGAAACACUUAAAGACUCGUCCACUCUCCAGAAAAAGCUCAACCUCCUGAAUUGCAGACUUAGCCGCGUAACUGUUAUAGACAUUGGACAAAGACCUACUGAUGGGAUGAGUUCUGAUGCUACUUACUGUCAUGAAGGUUCAGAUUAUGAAAGUCUUGAUAAUGAUGGACAUAAGCCUAAACUGCUUAAGGUAACAGAUGUUUCCAAGGAAGAACAAUAUGGUGGUGAAAAACUCGGUGACUUUGCAAUAUAUAAACAUACUUUACGGAGUGGAGGAAGAACUUUUCAUAUAUCUUCGUUUUUAAACAAUAAAACUAAAAACUCUGUCAAACUUGACGGUCUUCCUCCACCUUUUAUUGAUGUACCUGAAGUCAUCGUUUACUAUUGCAGUUCUACUGAAGAUGGAAAACCUUUGGUAAUGAACUUUAAGUAUAAGAAAACACCCGGUACAGGAGCUGAUAUUGACGCAUGGUAUAAGAAACCUCUUGGAACGGAUGAUGGUCCCUGGGUCCCACUGGAACCAAAUGAGAAGCCUAAGAAUGACAAUAGUGAUAUUGAUAAGAAAUAUACUCCAUUAUGGGUUCUUCUUGAUAGUUAUGACACAAAAUGUAAAACAUCACUGUGGAAGAUAGUUAUCUCUACGGGUGGUGGUACACUUGGAACCGGUGGUGCCGUAGGCGGUGCAGGAUAUUGGGCCUAUUCUAAAUACUUUAUAGACGCUUUGGUACGCUUAAUAUAA